AGCCCGUUUGUCCUCAUCUCAAGCGCGACGGGUAGACGGCUAGACACGAGUCGCCAGACCUGAGCAGUUGGGCAAGAUGUACGGUCACGCGGGCCGGGAGAUCAUCCCCCUCUGCAACAAGCAGGUGGACGUCGACAACCUGAAAGAGAUCAGAGAUGCGCCCGAGAAGCGGCGGCAGAACAAGAUUCAGGAGAUCAGGGCUGGGGCAAGCCUCCUGCAGAGGAAUGGGCGAUUCCCAUCCAAUCGGCCGUGCCAAGACUGCGCCUGGGCGGUGCUCUUUGGGGUCGUGGUGAUGGCUGUGGUGGGCUUCUGCGUCUACUACUCGCAGGAGAUAGACACGACCAUCAACGAUGAUUCGGACUUCAUCAAUGGGCGGACGCACGAUCAUCUGAGCGUGGAAGACAUCAACCACCUGGCGCUCACGGUCAACUUGGCAGGCAUUGCAGGCACCGUGGCCUCUUUGUUUGUGGCCUUCUUUUACAUGACCGCCGCGCAUUCUUGCCCGCGGCCAAUCGUGUAUACCUCGCUCUACUUGGUCCCCGCAUUGUCCAUCCUUGGUGGAGCAGUGAUGUUGUACUUUGGCUUCUCAAGGCUGAAUGAUCCACAUCUUUCUGAGGAAAAGCAAGGUGCUUCCUAUUCUUUCCUCUUCUCAGGAUUGGCCCUGAUGGCCAUGGGUAUGUGCUACGGCUUCUGCGUCUUCUGCUGCUGGUCCCGCUACAUUCCCUUCACCAUCCAGGUCCUCGAGAUGGUGGCAGAUGUCUCCAGCCAGAACCCCUGCAUGAUCGUGGUCUCGGUGUUGGGGGCGUGUGCCUCCAGCGUCUGGAUCGUGAUGGUGAGUGUGUGCUACGCCAUGACCAUGCUGAAGCACGAGAAGGACUACGCCAACCAGAACAAGCACUUGAUGACCCCACUGGAUUUCGUAUUCGUCCUCACACUGGGCUGGGGCUGUGGAGUCAUUGCCAUGGUGUGCCAUACCGCCUAUUGUGGGGUUUUCACGCGCUGGUACUUCGCACAACCAGGGAACUAUCUUUGGAAGAGCCUGCGCGUGGCUUUGACCACUUCCUUUGGCAGCAUCUGCUUCGGCUCCUUCACCAUUGCCGCCAUCCGAGCGGUCGAGGCGCUGGUGAGGUCCGCGCAGCGGCAAGCGAGCAGCGACGGCGCGGGCCUCGAAGGGCCCAGAGGGCCCGAGACGCAACAUGGUGGGCUGUGUGCUCCUGUGCAUCCUCGACAUGUUGAUCGGAUGCAUAGGAGAUCUUUUGGAGUACUUCAACGACUGGGUCUACGUGCAGUGCGCCCUGCGCGGCACCUCCUUCUGCGAGUCCGUGAAAACCACCUACAGCCUCAUCGUUUGCAACAACGUCCAGAGCAUCAUCGCGGAUCUGCUGAUCAGCUCCGUGGUGAGCCUCGGCGGGCUCUUGUGCGGCCUGGUGGGCGCGUGCGUGGGCGCCGCGAUGGCCUACGGGCGCUGCCACGACCACGACCACCCGUACAUCACCGCCGUGGGGGCGCUGGUGGGCCUGAUCGGCGGCUUCGUCGGAGGCGGCACCGCCCUCCAAAUCUUCAGCAGCGGCAGCAAGGCAAUCCUCGUGUGCUGGGCGGAGGAUCCGGACCCCCUGCGCGAGAACCACGAGUACGAGGACAUCCAUACGGAGCUCAAUGCAAAGAUUCACGACGCUGAGUACAACUGAUGCGUGUUUGUCUUUUAUUUAUUUCCCGGCUGGCAAAGAUCCAGCCAAGGAAGCACGCAAGCAUUGCAGGCAAAGACAAAGAGGCAAAAGCAA